GGGAACAGCAGAGCCACACCAGCCUCACCACCGCCGCAGCUCCGCGUAGACUUUCAAAAUGGAGGUUCUCCCCUCCGUAGGUUUCUGUUUCUUUUUCAAGAGCGACUUUAACAGCAUCCACCGACUGGACUACGAUACACGUAGGAAGCCGAGGAGAUUCCACCAUUAACCGUAUUUCUUACCUGGGAAACGAUAUGGAACAAUAACCUAAGCAGAUCUAUUCGCUCCUGCGUGGUUUGACUGUGCUCUAUUCUGCAACUUCCUGGUUUUUUCGCAUUAAUAUGUCUGUCGAAGCUGCGACGAAAGCUCGAGUGACUGCGAGAGGUUUAGUUGACGCAUCAGCACACUUGGGACCGUCUAACAUUUCCGUGGUGAUGUGUAAAAGCAGAGACAAGAGUUUUCAACGAAGGGCAAAGGGAGAAAGACAGAUUUCCUAAAAAAGUCCAGCGAUGGAAAGUGGACUUAUCGCUGCUGCGCGUAAAGGUGUUUUAGUGCCCGUGUCAGACGCUUCUGACGUCUUUCAAAGCAGGAUUUUGGCUCCACUUCAAAGUGCGUACUUGUUUGAGGAGUCCAAGCAGUCUUUCAGGUAUAAGUCCGCAGUGUUGAUCAAGAAUGAGCAGCUGGAGAAGAAGUAUAAUGCCUUCCGAGCAAAGAGAAGACAAGCAGGAUAUUCAGAAGAGGAAUUGAAGGAAACCUUUGGGUUUUUGCUGUUUGAUGACAUCAACCAGGCUCAUGCGCUCGGAGAAACUGGCGUCCUCACAGGAAAGAGUGCAUGCACAACUCUGGGAGAUCCGUUUAAGGGUGUUUACUUGUCAAGAUACUCUGACUGUUGGGAUCUAAAUUGCUGGUAUCAUGGAAAAUCUGGAUACGUCGCCAUCAUCAGGCUAACAAAGGGCAGAGUUAAGAGGGUUCUUGAGAACUACACCCAGAAGUUCACAGCACCCACAGUGGGGUUUGACUGCCAUGAGUCAGAAGAGUUGUCCUCAGCAUCUGCCAAAACCAGCUCCUUUCUUACUUUUGGGAGAACCCAGUUUUACUUAUAUGAGCUGUUGGAUGAUGGAAGCGGUGAAACAGCUCUAUCUCCCAGUGCUGCCUGUCCUUUUGCUAUUGUACCAUUUUCAUAUGUGGACACAAAAGCAAUACUUGUAACACCACAAGAGACAAGUGAGAAGAAAAAACUGGGUUGUGAUUACUUGGCCUGGAGGGGUCAGCUUCAAAUAGGCACCCGGUCCUAUGAUGUUGGGCUGAGGUCCACCAAAGGGGCACUGAUUCCUACAAAACUGCCUCCAGUGGUCAAAGUUGAGAAAGCCAUUUCCAUGGUUGAUCUGAUGCAGCUGUUGCCAAGAUCUGCCUUUAAAACCUGCUUCUCUAGUGAAGUCUCUCUGGGUGGCUUAUACUGCAGUGUGUUUGAGCUGGUUCCUUCUGAGGCACAAGAUACAAACUCACUCGCUCAGCUUCUGCAGGAGAUCAAGGAGAAAGAUCUUGCUCUCACUGUUCCUCUGAAUGAUGGUGGUUUUCUUCUCCUGUUGCACUCAUCCCAUUUUUUCCCAUACGAUGAUAAUGCUUUGAAUGCAACUGAGGUCCUGCACGGCAUGUUUAUUUUCCCAGGCUCACGGGUCAUAAAGAGAGGCACAAAAUCUGGACAGAGAAAGGGAACCCUUUCAUCUGAAAUCCUUCAGGUUCUACCAGUGCUAAGUUAUGCAGAAGGUGUAGUUGAGAAAACACCCCUCAACUCAACUGAAGAACUGUGUGAGGUGUUGGCACAGCACAUGCGGAGUUACGCAGAACUGAUAAACCCUGCGUUGGACUUAAGUACAUCAGGGGGAGGCAGCCUCUUUCCAGAUCAGUAUGAUGUGCUGGAUGACCACAAAAACCUCUACUCGUCCCCCGUUUGGACUGACAAAGCACGGCAGAGUUUCACUUCAUACAUGAGCAAACCAGUCUCCUUUCAACUGCCAGUGUCCUUGGCUUCAGAAAUCCUGGCAGCUAAAGAAGAGGAGCAAAGGGAAUGUCUCGAUGACAGUAUUCACAUCUGUCCGUCAUUUCCUGAGGAGGCACCAACCAAUCCUAUCGGCAUGGAGUCAGAAGACAAGUUGACAGACCAGAAAUCUCUUGUAAAUGCUGAGACAUCUGUGAAGAAUUGUCCAAUAAGUACUAGAGCCCAAGUUGAUUUGAUAACUGUACCUCAGAAUGUUGCAUCAAAUGAUUUGCAAGCAGAAGAUGCAGCUGAAGACAAUUCAAAAUCUGACCUGGCUGUACUGAUCAAAACAUAUGAUACAGGGUCAAAAACUCCCUUAUCCUCCCCUACAUCAGAUGACAUGUCAGCAGAGCUGAUUGUCAGCAUCACAUCAGCAGAGCGAAGUGUCACUGAUGAAAGUCUAAAUGUGAUCAGUUCUAUGUCAGCAGCAAAGCAUGAUGACUUUCAGAUUUCUGGUUUUUCAGCAGCAAAAUUACAAACAGCAGGAGUCAACUCUCUGCAUGAGACGGUCAAAAUCAAAAAUAUAGAUUGCCCAAACAUCACAGAAACAAAUCAAAGGAAAGUGCGUAAGGGGCAUUCCAAAGUCUGGCCAAGUCUGAAAAAGAAGUAUAAAGCUUGUGUUGAAACUGAAUCAUCUGGCCACUCACAGUUGAACAAUCUAUUGAAUAUUGAUCAGAGAAAAUUAAGAAGUCACAAAUGCAAUGUUGUAAAACUUUUAUCAAAACGUAACAAGGUGAGAUGUGCUACUGUUGGUUUAGCUGUAGCAGAGGAGAAAAAAACUGACCCUGGACAGCAGAGCUUGGAGGAAGCCAUUUUAAUGGAUCUUGAAGUCUGUCCCCUGAGAAAGAAAACCGAGCGCUGGGAUUUGAAGCCUGUUAUCAGUGAAUGUGGACGGAUCUUGGUUCCUCAUGGCUCUGUGGAUUUUGCUGAUCAGAUUCAGUCUUUAAAGCACAAGUUUCAAUGUACAAUCGAUGAGCAGUACUCUGAAAAAGUGUUGGGUGAUGCCUCUGUGAGUGAUAACAAAAAAGUCAAAAUGGAGCAAGAAUCAAACACUGGGCCAUUGACAGCAGUGGACAAAACGGAUGCCAUCAUAUCCAAGGAUGGAAGGAAUCCUCUUCAGAACAUUGUGGCUAGUUUUAUAAAUAAUGAACAUAGCCUCUUUAGACAAUCAGACAAUUGUUCAUUGCCUUUGCAUCCAGUGAGUAGUGAGCAUUCUUCAAAGAAUGAUGGCACAGACACUCCUCCAACAGAGAAAGUUAAAGAAACUGGUACCUUCCUCACAGGAAAGUGUGCAACAAAGGGUGAAUUAAUCUUGAGUAAACUAAAAUCCGUCCUGUUAAAGGGAAAGAGAAAAAAAAAUGUGUCAGAGGAAACAACGGAAAGUAUUGCCAACACUGAGCCUUGUCUCAAAAAGGGCAAAGAUGAUGCAGAGGCAUUGGAGGCCUCUACAAGUGUCCAGGACACUAAUGUGGAUGUCAAGGAAAUGACAAACAUGCCAUCAGUUGACCCUCGUUUUGCAUAUGCCCUAGGCCUGACCCCGAAAGAGAAACCAGAUAAGGUACAAAAGAGUGAGGGCCAGGACUCUCAAUUUAGGGAAUACUCAUCAGAGACACAAGAACAAGCCCUUUCAAACAAACAAUCUCCAAUCCUACAAAGGCCUCCAUCAAUCUUCACAAGAAGGAGUAGGAUUAAAAUGCUCAAAAAGCAUCAAGGGAUCUCUGAAGACAAUAUCAAAAAGAAAUGGUGGUUGCAUUUUCAAACCCCAACUCAUUUUCCCACUGACAAACAAAAACACAAAGAAUGUUUUAGGGAUAAUUCUGUCAGUAAGACUGAUAUGGAAAAAUUGAACAAUGCUUGCUCAUCUACUGAAGCUUUGAAUUUACUUGCUGACUUGGCCUUAAGUGCCAGUAUUGACAAGGUUCCACCACAACCAGCACUUGAAAUAAAACCUGAGACAAAUUUCAAGAAGUGUGGCCUGAUAAAAGAUGUUCCCAGUGCUGAACAGGAGUCACUUCUUCAUGCUCUGCUUAGACAACCUGCUGCUAGACACACUCAGCCUCUUGAGACUACUUCACCAAUCCCCCACGCGGGAGACAGUAACUUGGUUGGUUUGAUAUCUAAAGAACAUGAUUACUCAUUGCCUGGGUCUUUCCCUCUGCUGUUGGGUUUGCCAGGUAAACCCUUCCGGGUAAACCCUUUAAGUGGUUCUACCAGAUUGCUGCACCAUCAUCAAUACUUGAAUACAGAUAGAGUUCAGACUGCUCACCGCUCUGUUGGUCAGGAAGACAGAGGUGAACGCAACCACUGCAGGACUUCAGAAUCCCUGAAACGCAGGCAAAAGUUCAGGAACUCCCGAACCUUUGUUAAUAAGGAUAAAUCUGUCCAAGUCACUAGACGAUGGAAAGAAAACUAUAACUUCAAAAGAGACAGCAAGUUUGCAAGUAGCUCUAAGGGCAGAGCUGUCGUCCGAGCCUUGCAUGGCCCGUGGGAUUUCUCCAUUCAAGACACCACUGAAGAGGUACAACUCAUCGUCCACAUAUGGAUAGGUCUGUUUUACAGCCGGUCAACAUCCAGAUUAUAUCACCUUGACUCAAACUUUACAAGCCUUUGUUCAGAAGAGAGGGAUUCUUUGGAAAUGUCCAGUGAAAUCGUAUCAGCACCAGCUCAGUCUGAGAACAGGACAAAGUCAUUUGGUGCUUUCCCAAGUACAACAGCCUCUCAAGACCCUUCAAUUUCAAAAGUUUUGGACUUGAGCAAAAAUGACAACCCUGUCUUGGACCAAGGAUCUGUGCUUUUGGACUUGUCACUGAGAAACUCUUGUGCAGAAACUGUCACUUUAGAUCCACAAAUCCACAGCAAAGAAUCCUCUGUGUCCAGUGAACUGAAAGAAGCAAGUGACAUUUUGAAUACGCUCAAAUCAGCAGUGGGACUACAGGAGGCAAGAACAUUACAGUGUUACAAACCGAUGGUACACGCUACAGAGAUUGUUAAUGAGGUGAAUGAUCUCAGAAGCCACUGUGGAAAUGGCAAAACUUGUGGUCCUUCACAAAAAGCUGAAGAUGAUAGACCAUUCACUCACAUUCAAGAAAAGAUGAGAAGUGUAUUAAUCUGGACAGGAAAUGUUCAAAACCCAUUUUGGAUUGGCCGCAUGUUACAUGGAUGCCACAAUGAGAAGACACAUGUGGACAUUAAUAUAAAACAUUCACAAACUACAGGGAUACGUUUGGUUCAAAAACAUGCAACAGAUUCAUCCAAAUCCAUGACUGAUGAAGAGGCAGAAUCCAACAAAGAAGCAAAUGAUGUGCUUCGUAUAGAUGAGAAAGAUGAAAUUCAACCUAAAGAUGGUGAAAAAUGGGAAGUGAAAGAGAACCCAUGCCAAGAAGAGGAUAUGCAACCUCCAAAAACGAUUUUCAAAGGGGAUGACUCUACAAAGAAGGAAUUGGGUAUUGUUUGCAAUGGAAAUAGUUUUGAAAAUGAAGAGCAGCUAGCGAUCGAGGGACCUAAACCAGUAUCACCUGGCAAGGCUGAAAAUAUUGCUGAAGAUGUGAAUUUUCAUACAGUUCACAAAGGUGAAAUGGUUGCUGAUGAAGAUAACUGUGGAAAAGAGGAUGAACUUAAUGAGAACGAAAGUUGCGUCUCAAAUGGCAGUGAUUUGAGUGAUCAGUCGUUACAUAUUGUAUGCGACAGCCUUGAGUCACUUCAGGAUUGUUUUACAGAUGGUAGUCGCCAAGCACCAUUUGAUGAGCAACCCCCUAGUGCCUGCCAUGAUACACGGUUGGGAAAACCUUGUGCAAAUGAUAGUGCUUUGACAGAGGAACAUUCUAUUUCAGAAGAAGCUCCUUACACUCCACAUGAAGAUGAACCUUUUCCUGACGAAUCUGCAGAUGAGGAAAACCCAGAUGAGGCACCAUGUCAGAAGGCAUCGUUACUCGUAUCUGAUGAGACCAUUUGUUUAUUAAAUGGUUCCUCUGCAGCUGGGUUUAUUCCCCAGACAAAGGACAGUUUGGAGAUGAGAGGUACUGAUGAUCCCAAUGAUCAGAAAACCAAAUCAGUUGUGUUAGAGAGAAAGGACAACAACGCAUCCCAAGAAUUACUUGAUCACCAGUCACAUUCACCUCAGUGUGAGGUUAUUAAAAACGAGGAAGCUAAGGAGGCACUGACUAAAACAGAUCUCGAAAUGAACGCUACAAAUGAGGGAUUGGAAAAAGCUCACAGUGAGGUUGUAAUUCCAUUUAUUACAACAAAUAUAGUAAAACUACCUAUCUCUCACCCACAUGGUAAGAUAGACAAUGUUCAAGGCCAGAAAGGAAUACCAUUUAACAGUGAAACUGCAAACCCUGACAUGCCUGCAGAGGUAUGUAGUACUUCCAUAAUGUACCGUAAAGAAGAGGAAGUGCAUGCUGGCAAAAUAUCACUACUUGAUGUUAGCAAAACCAACCAGACAUUCGUCUUUGGAAAAGAGUCUGAUGACAGAUGCCCGACUCCAACUUUGGAUGAGGUGCUAAACGAGUGCAUACCUUGUCCGCUACCUGGCAGCAGUACUGACAAAACCUGCAAAAACAUUACUCCAAAAUGUCUGAGCAGAAGCUCAAAACCCAUAAAUCACAAAAAGCCUCCUGGGCAAAAACUCUGUUACACAUCCAGAGUUAAUAGCCAUGCCAGCCCUCACUUCAUUCAGCAUUCUGAUGUUGAACAAAGAACUCUGAAUGUUCUGCAAUGUCUAGACAAGUUCCUCACCAAUUCAAACCAUACCAACAAAUCUAACCAGAUUGAAACAACUGAUACAAAAAACUGUCUUGAUCAAAAGCCUAACCUCUCUACUUGUUUGGCCCCAAGACACACUUCGGCUGACUGUACGAACAAGAAAUUAAGCUAUUUAAAGCCAGCGAAGGUGUUAUCCUCUACCUCACAAGAACUGCACAAAGAAUCAUCAAGUAACCUUGUAUCAUCUUUCAAAAACAAGUUUGAGAAGGUACGUGGUGUUAAAUUGCAGCAACAGAGCAAAGACUCACCAAUUCCUCAACAUAGUUUUGAAAGAACAGAGAUAUUAAAGGAAACUUCUAAAGGGCAAGAUUAUUGUCAUUCCUCGAGAUCUACUCCCUCUGCUGAGUGUUUGCAAACCAUUAAACCAAAUAUUGACCAAGACGGGCAGAAGACAACAUCACAGUUAAGUUUAGAUAAUGGACCUUGUUCAUACAAUCAGCGUCCUGUUAUGGCUGUGAAACCCUCUAAGAAUGAUGAAAGUCAAUCAGAUCAUAUCUCUGAAGUUGGACAUAUUGAAUGCUCUCCCACCUACACAACACCCAUCACCAUGCCCAUGGAGAAGACAGAAAGUUUCAAGGAAAAGUCUGGACUAAAUGAUGAAAAGCCAAACUUCAGUGAGUUUUCUACCAAAAGUUAUCGACUGUUGAAUGUUAAUGACUGUAACUCUAGCUCAGAUGAAGUUGCAUUUGCACACUUAGAUCCUCCUGAUCACAACCAAAGAAGGAAUAUGAUUCUUUCAUCCCCUCUGUCCAAGCAGUCAGUUGAGUCGGCAAAAAGUGAUGGACACCAAGGUUUCUUUACACAUAGUUUACUUCAGAAAGUUGGGCAAACGACUAAAGAGAACCCGAAAAUGGAUCAGAAAGACGACACAGAGACAUUAACUUUAUUUGAGGAUGACAAUGACAAUAGCGUUACAGAAGAAAUUCUCUUCCCUGGACCUCAAACUUCACUCACGUGCACAGUUUUUAACACUGGUCAGAAAAGGUCAUACUCUUUUCUGGAGCAGGUUUCCCGAAGGUGCCUACAGGAUGACCCCACACAGGCAUCAAUGGAACAGGAGUGUCUUAUCUUCUCUGAACAAAUGAAACAGCUUUUGAAAAGGAGUAAGAGAGGACAGAUAAGCGAACAGGAUACAGAUGACAAAUUGGUAUUGUCUUGUGCUACUCCUGUAACUGUGCACUUUUCAAGCCUGGAGGAGCAGGAGGAUUCACUGGAUCUAUUGGACGCUCACUCACUUGCUGGACAAAAAAUCAAGGUUGACAUGAGUGACAGGAAAAACCCAGAGGAUGAAAAGACUAUGCAUCCUCAAAACUUAUCCCCAAGAACAGAUAACCAAAAGCAACAUGCGGAUGCAUCUGGUGUUGCUACAAAAUGUGCUACACUUUAUGAGGCAAUGAUGGAUGACAUUUGUGGUGUCCGAAAGGUCCCACUUGGACCUAAACACUUUGUAAUGAACAGAGGUCACAAAAAUAUUGAACCAAGUCACCUUUUCGACUUCUGUGAUCAAAUGAAGCGAGAGAUGGAUGAGAGCUUUCGAAGUAAACUGAAUUCAGUUGUGAAGAAAUCCUGUAAAUCAAAGUACAGAUUCUACAUAUUGGCAACGUCGGACGAUUCCAUCUUUGAGGAAACCAAGACACAGUUAGAGUCAGUGGGCCAUACUCCCAUACAGCCAUCCGAGUUCUUCCUUGGUGGGGGUAGUUCUUCAUCCCUUCUCAUCAUCCUCAGGAAUGAAGACAUUGCAGAGCACAUUUGCGAGGUCCCACAUUUGCUGGAGUUAAAGAAGUCACCAGGCGUGCAGUUCGCUGGAAUAGAUGAACCAGAUGAUGUCGUGAAUCUCACUCACCAGGAGCUCUUCACACGGGGAGGUUUUCUAAUGUUUGACAGAGCAGCACUGGAGUCCCUCAGUCUUUGCGACAUGAAAAAAUGCUCAGACAUCUUGCAAGAGCUGAGCAGAACAGGGAAGUGGAAAUGGAUGUUACACUACAGAGACAGUCGUUGGCUGAAAGAAAAUGCGAGGUUGAGUCCAGAGGCAAAAGAAAAGAAGUGCUUCUUAAACUCUUGCCAGGACAUUGGGAUACUGGAGUUCUUGCCUUACCAUAAGUGUGACGUCACAUCAAGAGAUCAGCCUGACUAUCUCACAUGUUUGGUUCGCUUGCAGGUCCAGAAUAUAUCCGCCCGUUAUCCUUUAUUUAUAACUGAUACUGCAACAGACGGUGCAUUUGGGAGAAAUGGAAUUAUAACAAUGACUGUUAACUCUUUCCUGACAAAGUCUCCAAGUGAAACUUUGUCAUGACAUUUUCUGACCUGAAAAAGUCUGAUGGACUUUUCAUUUCAUCUCAAGUACCCAUGAAAUGACUCACUGGGUGUGAGGGCAAAACUGGUACUGGGGAUUAUAAGUGAUUUCAGACAUACUGCAUACAAACUCAUACUUAUGUUCACCUACAGCAAUACCUGUUGAUCUGUUUUAAUAUGCUUCUCUGUAUGUUUAUUUGUUAAGUCAGUGAUCAUUCAGUUAAUGGUUAAAACGACAAUAAUGCCAGUGUACAUA